CUACUACAACAAUGUGGCCCAGGACAGGCCAGGACUGGGCAGUUUCAGUGUUGGUGAUAUUGAUCCUUGCCUGUGUUCUCACCUCAUCUAUGCCUUUGCAGAGAUUCAGAACAACAGAAUCACACAAAGAAGAAUGGGUGACUUGACUGACUACCAAAUUUUACAUACCCUGAAAAACAGGAACAACGAGAUGAUAACUCUCCUGGCUGUUGGAGGCAGCAAUACUGGAUCUGCCCCGAAAUGUCCGAAGCCUUUCAGCAAGAAUCCUUGGAAAGCAAGAAGCCAAGGCUGAUGGUCACUGCUACAGUAGCUGGUAUCAUUUCCACCAUUGAGUCUGCCUAUGAGAUACCCCAGCUAUCCCAGUUCUUGGACUACAUCCUGGUCAUGACCUACAAUCUUCAUGACUAUAAGGAAGGAUACACCGGAAAAAACAGUCCUCUGUACAAAUCCCCAACUGACACUGGCACCAAUGCCUUCCUUAAUAUGGAUUACAUCAUGAAGUACUGGGUGAAAAAUGGAGCUACAGCUGAGAAGCUUAUUGCUGGAUUCGCAACAUAUGCACAGACCUUCUCCCUGACUGACCCAUCUAACAAUGGAAUUGGUGCCCCAACCUCAAGCCCUGGCCCUGAAGGUCCCUACACACAGGAAUCUGGGGUCUUGGCCUACUAUGAGGUUUGUACCUUCCUCACAAAAGGAGCCACUCAGAGCUGGGAAGGCUCUCAGGAAGUGCCCUAUGCCUACCAAGGGAAUGAGUGGGUUGGCUAUGACAAUGUCAAGAGCUUUCUUAUCAAGGCCCAGUGGCAGCAGAACAAUUUUGGAGGUGCCAUGAUCUGGGCCCUUGGCAUGGAUGACUUCAGUGGCUCUUUCUGUAACCAGGGCAAGUUCCCUCUGACCUCUACAGUGAAGGAAGCCCUCAAGGUGACCAGUGCAAGUAAGUGACAGCAGGGUUAUGCAAUAGUACAAACAUGUCCCUUCACUGAGCCAAAGGCACCCUUGACAUGUGUGUCACCCUUGCACGGGGAGAAUCUUCCUAUUUCAUCCCGUUGCUCAUCUCCAGUGGGAUAAAUAUCCUGAUGCUGUCCAGUACCCAAAGUUCCUUGCUACUGUCUUUCACUCCUUAAGGGAAACAGCAUUCAAAGGGACGUGCAAAGAUUCCUAAAUUUCAUGAUGUAUAGGAACAUUUAGAAACUGUACUGACUCUUACUGUACAGUUUCUUUGAUGGCUUCCUUGUGAAGGCCAUCUUCACUGCCUCACUCUGUCUCCCUGGAAAAACAGGACAGAAAUGAAUUAAGAGGACUUUAGUUCUUUUCCCAGAAUGACCUUUUAAUUUUUGUUUGUAACAAGAUCUUUUGGAUAAGAAGCUUUUAUAUACGUGGCUUCCGUCAGCACGUAGUGUCAUAUAUGAUUUAUAACGCAAGACACAUUACAUUGUAAAUGUGUCAUUGAAGAAAGAUACAAAGACAGGCAAUCACAUGAGAACACAAAAUAUACCUGAUGUUUUAUUUUCUUUUGUUUCUUUAGUGAUUUUAGUCAAGACACAUAAUAUCCCUUCCCUCCUCCCUGCCCUUCCUCCAACCCCUGCCAGUUACCUUCCCUCAAG